AUGAGGAGCCCCCCAACGGCCGUCAUGGCGGUGGCAGCGCUGCUGCUGCUGCUGGUAUCCCUGGCGGCGGCGGUGGCGAACACGACGGACAGGGAGCUGCACCAUCGGGUCUUGGCGGAGUUUAAGGCAGGGCACGGCAAGAAAAUGAGCGAGAAGGAGACUUGGCGGGUGUUUGCCGAGUGGAAGGCCAAGCACGGCAGGAAGUACAGCUCCGCUCGCGAGGAGGAUCGCCGUUACGCUAUCUUCAAGGAAAAACUCCGCGACGCCGAUCUGCACAAGGCCGCCUUCGGCCCCGACGCAGUUUUCGGCAUCAACAUGUUCAGCGACCGCACCGAUGAGGAGUGGAGAACCCUGAGCCAGGGACAUGAGCCAUAUAUACCAAGAGAAGGACGUGAUCCACAUAUGCUUCCAAUCUAUAUCUGUGAUGAUGGUACCCAUAGUAGGACUAGGAUAUGUGUUCGCUGA